AUGGCAUCUCUAGGAGAUUCAGAUCUUGAAGAGCAGCACGAUGAGCUGUUAGUAUUGAGCAGUAUCUAUGACGAUGAUGAUAUAUUUAUAGCGGGUGAGGACAAUAAUGGCGGGCAGUUUAACUGUAAACUGCAGAUACCACAGCCGUUCUUUUUACAACUAAAUGGACAGGCACAGUUGAAAGGUGUGAAAAACGUCCAAGAUGAUGAAGGACAUACCUUGUUUCCAGUGAAGCAUUUACCACCCAUAGUACUCAAUUUCCAGUAUCCACCAAACUACCCAUCAUGCUUAGCACCACAGUUCACCCUUUCCUGUAAAUGGCUGAGUGUUCACCAGUUGUCAAAGCUUUGUCACAAACUGGACGAGAUCUGGGAAGAAAACAAAGGUGGGGUUGUGGUGUUCUUAUGGACACAGUUCCUGUCGGAAGAAACUCUAGAUAUCUUGUCCAUUGACUCACCACUAAAUUUGCCAACUACAAACAGGAAGGAGAAUCGUGUGGCAAGCAGUGCUAGGACUAAGGACUGUAAAACUGCUGACAGAAAUAAAGAUGAUGCGAAUGCGAUUAUGGAGAUCAAGAAACAUGUUGACCCACGCGCGAUUCAAGAUAUUGCGUCACCCACGCUUCUGCUUGCCACUCUUGAGAAUUAUAAUCAACAGGAACAGGAGCGUGUUUUUAAUUCAGCCAUAUUUACUUGUAAAGUGUGUUUUGCCGAGAAACAUGGUUUGUUGUGCAUCUGUUUUCACGGCUGUGACCACGUGUACUGCCAGGAAUGUAUGAAGGAAUAUUUUAAAGUGCAAAUUAUGGAAGGGAACGUGAAAUGUUUGAACUGUCCUGAGCAGGAGUGUGAUUCACAGGCCUUGCCGUCACAGGUGCAAGAAUUGGUGGGACAGGAGCUAUUUGCAAAAUACGACCGCUUGCUGCUUCAGUCCUCACUGGAUGGCAUGGCUGACAUUGUUUACUGCCCUCGUAGUCAUUGUCAGUGCGCUGUGAUGAUUGAAAAGGAAUCCAACAUGGCAGUGUGCCCAGCUUGCGCAUUUGCAUUCUGUACUUUCUGUAAAUUGGUCUACCACGGUGUGUCCCCAUGCUCUAUAAGACGAGCGGAACUGAUGGAAUUACGUGAAGAAUAUGAAAAUGGUGAUGAUGAGAAAAGACAGUUUUUGGAAAAACGAUAUGGUCGCCGUGCCAUCAAACAAUCAUUGGAGGAAUCGUACAGCGAACAAUGGUUGGAAGAUAACAGUCAAGCAUGUCCAAACUGUGGCACUCAUAUUCAGAAAAUUGAUGGUUGCAAUAAGAUGACAUGCACCAAGUGUCGUGCAUACUUUUGCUGGAUAUGCAAAUCUAUGCUGUCUCGUACAAAUCCCUAUAUUCAUUUCAACGUACCUGACUCCCCAUGUUUUAACCUACUCUUCCAAGGAAUGGGGGAAUUUGUUGGAGACCAGGAUGAUGAAGAUGGGUGGCAACCACGGUGGUGGUUUGUAUGA